UGAUAUCUAUAAAAGGAAAGUCAAGGGAAGUUGAAAGAAAACGCAAUAAAACGAACCUUCUAUGAAUUUAUUUUGUACCGUGGUCUGCGUUGAUUCUUCUUGAAAACAAAUUGAAAAUCCCGAAUAAAAGUUCCUAUUGUCCUAUCUGUGGUUAUGUUUGUCAAGGGUUCAAUUCAUUUUAAUAUAUAUACUUUUAAACUGUAAACGGUGCCGAAUAGCGAGGAAUUUUGUAAAUGACUUGGCAAAACGUGACACUAUUUUUAUAUAUCUACCACGUCAUCGAGCUAAACGGGAAAAGGCACUUUAACGGUAAAAUAUGUGUUCAUCGAAACUUUUAAUAUCGUAAUCUGAGCAAAACAUGUCAGAAAGGAAAGUGGAUACAGAAAUUGUGCGGCAGCAGUAUACAAACGAUACGAGCCUUAUUGAUGAAACUGAAAUCAUCGAUGUGUCUGUUUUUGAUUUUGAUGAUAGUGAUGGCUGGUUGUACAUACCAUCAGAAUAUAAAAUGGAAUCCACUGUCCAUGAUUUGUACACCUGGUUAAAAACUGAACCAGAGUUAAAUUUUUCAGCUAAUAAAAAAUCUAUUGAUACAAGAACAUUUACAAGAUCGAAAAAGCGGUCUAGUAGAACUACUUUUGAAUCUAUUUUGGAAUCUUUAUCUUCACCUGUGUCAAAUACAUGGAAAACUUCGAAUUUUUCAAAUAUAGAGGAAGAUUUAAACAAAUAUUCAGACAUAUCUACUACAAACAAAGAAGAAGCUGUGCCUCCUAUGUUAAAAAUGGCACCUAAUACAAAUAUUAAUUUUCUCCCUGAUGAGCCUGUAACAUCAGGCCAAGAAAGCAUGGAAGUAUUCUUAAAUAUGUCUCAAUCAAAGGGAAUUGACUCAUUUAUUAAUUUAAUGGAACCUGGCCUUAGUGAUCCACUGAUGAACGUUUCACAACCUUCUAUUUUUUAUUCAUCUAUCACUUCAUUACCUAGAGAUGAUUCAUUACAUAAUACAGAAUGUAACAGAGAUGAGGAAUCUUUAAAUAUAACUCAGUUGUGCAGUCAAGAAAUUUACAAGUGUGAAGAUAUUAAAGAUUCAAAUGUCAAUGAAACUUUCUUAAAAAGUAAUGAAGCAGACAAUAACAAAAGCUACUGCCUGAGCACAACGAAUAAAUCUGAUGACAUUGAAAGAGAAUUAAAUGAAACUUAUAAUGCUGAUGAAGCUUCUGCAAUGGUUGUGUUAUCAAGUUCAGAUAAAGAUAGAUUUAGUAUAACUAAGUUGUCUUCCACAUAUGUAAAUAAAGAUGAUACUAAUACACAAAUAUUACAAUCAGAAAAUAGUGAGAGAAAAGAAUUAUGCAAUUUAAACACUACAUAUCCUUCGGUUUUUCAAAAAGCAGAAAAUUCGCAUAUUUUAGAUACUACAUAUUGUACAGCAGAUACUGAAAAAGCAAUUAAUGGUAUAAUUUCAACUGGUAAAAAUGAUAUGCAAUGUGAUAAAGAUCGAGUAUACGAUUUGCAAAAAGGUAUAGUUCAUGAUGUAUUGAAAGAUAAUGAACCUUCCAUACCUUCUACAGAUUCUUCUUUUACACUUCACGAUGAUGCUUUCAACCCUAUAUUCAAGUUGCCUAUUCCUCUUUGCAACCAGUCAACUCCCAAAAGUAUAGACAUGUUAAAUUUCACGCAUAGAACGAUUACCAAGUCUAAGCCUUUAGAAUCAUCUCGAGUAUACAACACAGCUUUAAAUUCAAAUUUUAAAGCGCCGACAUUGAGGAAAGAAUUAUUAUCGGAAAUACACAAAAGUGAAGAUCAUAGACUGGAUUUUACCUUCAAUCAUGUAAUUAAAGAACACCAAAUUGGGAAAACUAAGAAGGAAAUCAAUGAGGCUCUAAGCCAGAAUGUCAAGAAUGAUAUUCCUAUAGAAAAUAGAUACAAUACAUAUAAAAAGGAAUCACCAAUUAACAAAAUUAAACUUCAUGCCGAAAUAGCAGACGAGGCAGGAGCUUGUAUUAAAAAUUCGCCAGAAAAGAAAUAUUAUACAUUCACAAAAAAGAGUAGUAAUCAUGGUGGCAAAACUGACAUGGAAAAUGCAGAAUCAUUUGAUAACGCGGACGCUACAUUCGUAAAACCAAUUUCAAAAUUACAGAAGCGGAAGCAACAUGUACCGCGGAUGUUUUCAAAAUUGCCACAGUUUCUUCAAAAGUCUAAUCCGAAUCUUGUAUCAAAUUCGUUGAAAACUGUUAACAUAACAGGUACAAAUGUGUCUAAUUAUGGAUACAUGAAAGGUUCACAACCAAACAUUGUAAGAGAUGUUGAAAAAACUCUAGCAAACAAAUUGUAUUCUCUCGGAAAAAUGAGAAGUGGUUCUGAACAACGCCUUUUAGAAUUGAAUACAGGUGUUGGGGAACUUCAAGUAUUAGGUGCUGCAGGAUCUACAGAAAGUAUUGAAAGUACACAUAGUGCUCAUAGUGCACCUGAUUUAGAUGAUAGACUUAGUACAUGUUCGGAUAGUAGCCACAAUUCAUAUACAACACAGCCAAUGAAUAUUGAACAACUGCAUCAGAUAGUACGGAUGCAAGAAGAAAGUUUGAAACAAGAUGCAACAUCUGGAUUAAAUAGACGAGUUUUAGAAAGUGCUUGGGUUGGUGUAAAAAAAGAUUUGUCUUCUCCUAUACUAAAGAAUGGUAUUGAUAAUUGUGACAGUGAUUCACCAUUAAGUAUUGACUUCAAUGUUAAAACAAGCUCUCCAAUAUUAAGUCCUACAAGAUCUAGUCAGUCAAUAAAUACUGAUGAUCUAUCUACAGAAACUGUAUUGAAACAACAGAAUGAAGUAGACAUGGUAAAAAAAGUUGAAGCUUUUAAUAAACCAGUUAUGAAAGUUGAAAAUAAAACGAGACUGCGACAACCAACAAAUUGGAACACAGGCAAUAGACCUUCAAAUCUUAUGAGCGCUAUUCCUAGACCACCAUCACGCAUACCAGCACCUAGAUUUGUCAGGCCAACCGCAAAGAAUAUUCAAGGAGAUAUAAAACGAGGAUAUAUGUAAAAUUAUAAGGGGUAUCCAUAAUCAAAGUAUGCGUUUUUAAAUAAUAUUCGUAAUUUAAUCUGUAUUCAUACUGCAAUUUGUAUAAAAGAUGUUUUAAGUUAUGAUCUUGGAGGGAAGAUGAUAAAAUUCAGUAUUAUUAGAUUUUCAAGAAUAAUAAAAAAUAGAACAAAUUGAAUUUAUAUCAUACUCCUAACCUUUUUGAGACUGUUUAUGUUUAUAAAAAAAACAACAAAUUUAAAAAUGAAAUAUCUUUAUGACAAUUUGGUGUACAAAUAUUUUUAUCAAAUGAUCUGUUGAAAGACUAUUUAGAAUAUAAUGUUUCAUGUUAACCUUCUUUUAUCUAAAUUGCUUUUUUUAAAAUAUUGAGAUAUUUAAAACCAAAAAUUACCCCUCCAAAUUUUUAGCUUUUCAGUAAUUAUUUAUAGAGUCCUUAUAUUUUAAUCUGAAUGAUUUUCAUAUAUUGCGAAAACGCAAAAAUAUAAUGAAUAUGAAUUGCUAUAUUUGCAGCAUGAGAUAAUCCCUGUUACAUGUGUAGAUAUAUAAAAAUCAUUUUUUAUAAAAAUGUUGUUAAAUAUAAAAUGGAAUUGUAUGUCAACAAGAGAGUAUAUGCACGAUGUGUGUAUUCCACUUACAGGGUUAAUAAUAUACCAGUAACAUGCUGUGUGUAGCUAUAAGAGAAAUUUUUGGAUCUGACAUUUUUAUAAACUUUAUUGUCAGGAAAAUCACAUGAAACAGUGAGAAUGGACUGAUAUGAAAAGUAUUUAAACCUAAGAAAGUAUUUAGAAAUAAGUUUAUUUUAUACUAUUACAAAAAAAAUCACAUUCCACGUAAAAAAAAACUGAAGAGAAUAAAAAUUUACAACAAAAAUAUUCAAGUGAUAAAAAUAAUAAUUUCCAUAAAGGGGUAUAUACAAAAUAUGAAUUUUGUAUUACAUGUAGUUAUAGAUAGGCCUGAAAGAACAUCAAAUCGAAAUUUUUUAAUGCAAUUUUUUUCUACAGAACAGUAUUAAAAGUUUAGGGUUUAAUCAUUAUUACAUAAAUUUUUAUAACGACAUGUAAAGUGUAUAAAAUCAUCUAAAAAGAACUAAUAUAGUACCAUUUUCAAUAUAUAUGGCCUAUGAUGUGUACUAAAGUAAAUAAUUAGAUUGAAUACACAGCAAUUUAUGGUAUAUUAUCGAUUCUAUGCGAUAUAUUUGUAUAUUUUUAAUACCCUUGAGCAUAAUUUCUUGCUGAUCUGCAAUAUUUAUAUUUUUAACUCUGAUUUUUAUAAUAACUUCUAUAUUCUGGAAAUGAAUGCUUUUAAAUACAUGAGAAUUAGUGGAAUGCUCUUCUGAUUUUAUAAACUUUUACAUCUUAAAUUAUAGUUACCAAAAGUUAAUUAAAAAAUUGUUCGUAUAUCAUAGAAGAGGUCAAUGUCAAUUUAAUUACUAGAAAUUGCAAAUCUUUAAUAAUUCUAUUUAUAUAUUAAAGUGAAACCAAAAAAUAUGCUUAGUACGCUGAAAAUUGAAAAUUUUAAUCAUUCGUAUUAAAAAUGUAUAUAAAAUAUUUAAAACUCUUGAAAUGUUUUGUAGUACAUUCUACAAUAGCCUUCCAUAAAGUUAUAAAAAAUAUAAUUCAUUUGAAAUUAGAAAAUGUAAUUAAAAAUGGAAAACUAAAAUAUCUGUGAAAUACCGCAUUUAUCUUUUAGGACAAAUAGAGUAAGCUCCUCCUAGAAUAAAUUAAUUACUGUUUCUAAUCAAAAAGUAUCAUUUGUUAAAAAAUAAUAUUCUGUGUUACUUUAAUAAAUAUCUCUGAAUGACGUCACUUCUUUCCUAUGCUAUGGAGCUUACUAAACAAUGUGUACAAUAAAUCAUCAUUUAUUGUAUACCUUGUGCAUUUCAUUUCCGUCCUGAAACAUCAUUUUUUAUAUUAAACCAAGAAAUUGAAGAUUAUAACAUAUCACAGCGUACAGAUGCUUAAGAAAAAUGCAUAGUCAGUUAAUAUACAAUUAUACUAUAUAUUAUAUUAUAUAUAUAUAUUAAAUUCAAGUUCCAUUACUAUUUUAAUUGCUGACAAAAUAAUAUGCUAUGGUAAAUACAUCAAAUAUCAAAACUCUAUAUAAAUAAAUCAGUAAACAAGUAAUAAUUAUAAUUAGGAUAUCCGUGAAAAGUUUUUUAAUGAUAUAAAUUUUAAAGCUUUCACAAUGGACUUUAUAGUUUUUGGUAUUUUCAAAAGACUCAUUUGUAAAGAAGGCUUUGCAAUAUUAUAGACUCUUCAAGUAUGUUUUAUGUACAUGGAAAAACAUUUAUAUGAAAUGAUAUAUUUUAAAUCAAGUUUGCAAGCGAUUUGUCUUAGUUAGUAUUCUGAUACUUGACACUCUGUUCAACAUUCCUCUUCUGUAAUUCUUUGCUUGAAGCAAUAACAGCAAGAGGAGCAAUAAAGUGCUCAUUCAUUAAUGUGGUUUUAAGGUUAUUAUCAGUUUUAUACGCAUGGUUACAACUUCGAUAUUGAAUUCAUUUGACAUUGAAUUUUAAUGCUACAUAUUUUAUGAUAAAUCGUUGCGCUUGUUGUGUUAUGUUUGAAUUUGUAAUGAUAUAAGCUUGGAUUUAUAGUUAUUUUAUAACAUACAAUAUAGAGUAUAUUUGAUCAUAUUUUAAAAUGUUCUUCGAAUACCAAUAAUUCUAUGCAAUUAAUUUGGCACCCCUCUAUAGUAGUAAAUUAAGGUAUAA